AUGGCGCGGCUGGAUCCGUUUCUCGCUUCACAUGGUAAGGCUGCUUGCUUCUGCUUUCUCUCCCCCCAGAUGAACGGGAGUCCGGUGGCCCGGCUGGUGUCGUCGAGCCAGAGCGGCGACGAUCUCUACGGGCUGCUGGUCAGAAUGUCCUUCCAGGACGAGACCCUGCCGUCGCUGGCAUCGCGAUACGCCAUCAGCGCGCUGUCGUACCAGCACCUGGCCAUGGAUCAGACGGCCGUGAUGCAUCAGACGAGGGCGAUUCGGGCGCUGCAGACGGCGAUUGAGACGGUGGCGCCGUCGGAGUGCAUGCAGUUGAUGGCGGCGAGCAUGCUGCUCAACAUAUACGAGACGCUCAACUUUGACACGUCGGAACUCAGCUGGUCCAUCUUCUUCUGCGGCACAAAACGCAUUGUCAAUCUCGUGACCAAGACUGACGACACGUUCUUCGGGGACGAGGCGCUCAUUAUUGACUGGAUCUUUUACCACGAUGUCAUGUACAAGUUUAGUAUUCGGCACUGGCGGGAGAAGAAUACGGAUCAGAUCUUGUUGGCGUCGCAGAGAAAGGUGCUUUCCAAGGCGGUGUUUUCGCCUGAGAGACAAGUUAUUGUCCCCAUCCUGGGCUGCUCUCUAGAGCUUCUCGACCUCCUCUGCCAAACCAUUGACGCCGUCUACGAGCCCGACGACCCCAAUCUCCAAUCCGAAUCGCACCUCAAGCAAAUCCGGUCCCUAGAAAUCCGUCUUAAAUCCCUCCAGCAGCGCCAAUCCUCAAUAUCCCCCCUCAACACCCCCGACUCAAACCAGGAAACCACCGUCGCCGAACUCUACCGCCUCGCCGCCAUCAUCUACCUCCUCCGCAUGGCAAAGGGCGAGCCCGACAACGCAAAGAGCGUGCUACAAGUCGUCGACCAGGCCUACGAGACGCUCAACCGGCUCGAGUACUGCGAGCGGCCGUGGCCCCUGUUUGUCGUUGCGCUUGAGGCGCGCUCCGAGGAGCAUCGCAGGGAUAUGCUGAGGGUUCUUGGUAAGUCGUUGGAGAAGAGGCCGCUGGGGCCGAUGGCGUUGGUGAAUCGGAUGAUUCCGGAUGCGUGGACGCAGCAGGAUCUGAGGGAGGCGGCGGUUGAUCCGUUUACGCUGUAUGGGAUGAUUAUCAGUCGCCACCGAGUGCCGCCAUGUUUUACGUAG